AUGAGCCUCCUCAAUCUUGGCAAUCUUCUCAGCGUUUCGGCGCCAGCUCUCGGGCUCAACAUCUCCGUCAACCUAGGGCGAUCACUCAAUGCCAACCCGCCCGUUCUCCAUCGAGACGCCCACCCUAUCCUUGGUCGUGAUGAAACAGAGAGCUCUUCCUCCCUUGUUGCAGACCCUGCGGAUGCAUUCGUCAAAAGCUCUCUAAGCCCGGCGAUCGAGGUUCGAGACACCAAGCCAGCAGACGAUGGCACGGUCGAGGUGCCUGAGAGCGAACUGGUGGACAUACUCGACAAGCUGGUUGAUCUAGAGAACCAAGUGGAGGGCUUGAUGGGGCAAGAUGGCGAGGGGGAAGUCGCGAGCAUCAAAGAGACCCAAGAUGCAGGCAGUGGCUCUGAUGGAGUUGGCAAUGUCGGGGGCCAAGAUUCCCAGACAAGCUCCGGCGCAACUAAGGACGGUAAGACUCCCAGUUCUGAGAUCGCUGACGGUGGUGAAGGACUGUCGACCAGCACGCCUACCGCUUCGGGGCUCCCUAAAGGCAAGACAGGCGAAGAUAACAGCGACGACGCUUCGACAAACAACUUUGCAAAUGUGGAUGGCGGCGAUAAAACAGAGGAGGAGGACAAUGGCAAAGGUGCUGACGGUGGUCCGGCUGGUAAGUCCCUAGUGAACGCAAACAAUCAGAACAUACCUUUGCUGACACUCUCAGGCAAAUCCCUUCCGGGCGGCGGCGGUGUGUUCAAGGAAGAGUCCAUGGUUGAGACAGUGGUGUCUACCAUUGACUCUACUUCAACGACGACGAUGACCAGAACCAUCACAACGACAGUGACCCUAUGGCCGGCCACCAAGACCACCACCACAUCGUCUGCGGCUAUGCGCCAGUCGGAAACCAGCACACCCUCUGCCACAGGCCCGGUCGCGAACAUCCGACUUGGUCUUGGUGGUCAGUUUAAAGAAGUCGACAGCAAAUCCUCGUUUUCCUGGGCCAACUCGACAUUUACCUCUGCAGCUGCCCGCCCAGACCCCAGUGUCCACCUUGGCGGCCAAUUCAUAGAGGCUGAACAGUCGCUCUCUUCUUCUCCUGUUAACAGCCUGCCUCUCAAUUCUUCCGCAGCGACGUCCAAGUUGGACAGCCUGGAGAGCCAGGUCACGACACCAGCAGCAACUUCGGCAUCCUUGGAUCUUGCGAGUCCGUUUAGGGAGCUCUACAAGGCCUCCGCCCCCUACGCCAACACGACUACGAGCGCAGGCUUCAAGACUGUUGUGCGACCCUAG